AUGGUCAUCAUCUUGAUAGAUAGAGACCACCCGGGCGGCACGGCACGAUUUACAAGAUACUACGGCCGAAGAAAAAACGAUUUCAAUGAAAACAUGAUAGAAAAUGUGAAGAGAAUUUAG